ACAAACAGGUCUCUGACAUGUAGAUUGGUGUAAAUUCGUACAUGAUUCAAUCGUGUUUUGACAAAAAUAAGCGAAAAGUUUAGUGUGCUUUGAUGUAAAUUAAAAUGACUUAUUUUCAUUUCAUGCAUUCAUUUCAGUGUGUAAUUUUUCAUUUGACAAUAUCAAGUAGGGUAUAAAUAUGAUCGAACAGGAUUUGAUUGAAUGUUAGGUAUUUCAUAUACAAGAAUGAGGGUGAAUAAUCGUAAACAUGAUCUAGAGUUUAUCACGUGAUCGAGAAUUCAGUUUAGUGAAGGAUUAUUUGACAAAUAGUUGCGUCGUUUUGGUCCCUGUACGUAUGUGUUCGGCCGAAAAUGAAAUAUUUGGCUGAGAUCCAAAUACUACACAAACUAUAAACUUGAUCCCUACGUAAAGUUCAACUAACAGGUUAUCGUUAAAUAUGGUUCAAACUAUAAAUAACAAUAUGAUCCAAAAACUUGACAUGUCAUGCUAGCUGAUUGCGUACACACUUGAGCCCAAUAUUUUAUUUGUUUACAUAGUAAGACAUAAUAAAUACGAUUAUGGCAGGGCGCUGGUCAAAAGUGAAAAAAUCUUUUUUGUUGUGAUGCGAUCGUCGUCACUUGUCUGCAAAUUAAUUUUUAUUUUUGUACUGUGAUUUCGUUUUCUAAUGUUGGACAGUAAACAGUUUAAAUGUAAAGUUGUACAGCUAAAAAAUUGAAAGUUUGGCAUUGGAAUUCUUUGUGAAUACAGUGAAUAUUUAUGUGUAUUGAAAGCCAUCUCCACCAGAAUUUAUACUCCGAAAAUGGAUUACAAUUCGUACAACAAAAUUUUUGUGGCUCCCAACCAACCCGCUCCUGGUAGUUCUGGAUUCUACCCUGCGAAUAGUCCGGCCGCUUUUUUGAAGGUCCCGAAUCCCGCACUAGUUUUAAAACAAGAAAAUAUCUCUUCUGAACCGAAUAGCGGGACUGCAACGCCGCCAGUAAACUACAGCCAAAGUGCUCAGCAUUAUGUGGACCCUAGUGGACACCAGCAGGAUAAGCACGUGUACUAUGGCAAACCUCUGGAUCUGCAACUGGUGUCGAAUCCCUAUCUACCACAUACUCAAACCACUAUCAUCGGUCAGCAGCAGGCAACUUUUCAAAUGGCACAUGACUAUCAUGAGCAUUCAAACGCGUCAACGAUAAGUACUGUAGAUCAUCACCAACCAUACAGCGUGCAAGCUUCGCCGGUUCCUCAAACUGCCAACACUCACUCGGUUGUGCAACAUUCCAGUCAGGUUCCGGUUGCAACGGGGCAGAAAAUUACUUAUGGGUGUGAAAUUUGCGCCAAGACUUUCGAUUCUAAAGCCAAACUGGACAAACAUCAACGUACGCACAAUGAAGAUCUGACCUUUGAAUGUCGGGUGUGUGACAAGAAGUUUCGGUCCCAGAACACGCUGACUUGCCAUGAGAAAGUCCACGGGGAAAACGCGGUGGACAAUAGCUUCUCUUGUGUUACCUGCGGGAAGGUAUUUAAGUCCGAGGAAAAGCUGCAGAUUCACAUGCGACUACAUACCGGUGAAAAACCGUACCAGUGCAAGAUUUGUAUGAAGUGCUUCAACCAUCAGUCGAACUUGAUUGCUCAUUCGAGGACUCACGAAAAGGUUCGGAAGGCGCUGAAAUGCGAACGUUGCAACAAAGUGUUGGACAACGAAGAACGGCUUGCCAUCCAUAUGCGACUGCACACCGGUGAGAAGCCAUACAAGUGCUCCUACUGUGACAAGCGAUUCAAUCACAAAAGCACGGUUUGCACGCACGAGAAAACGGUUCACAUCGCUGCCAACGCGUACAAGUGUAACCGAUGUCACAAAACGUUCAACCAAAAGUGUCAGCUGCAGUAUCACGAAAAGCUGCAAGAGGCGCAUACGAUAGCGUGCGAGCAUUGUGACAAGAUAUUCUGUUACCAAGCCAGUCUUAAGGAGCACACAUUCCGGGUACAUUGUCCCCGUCGAAAACACCGAAAGGACAGAUUAGCUGGCGUGAACAUAGACAAUGAAGGCCGCAACAAAUUCAGAUGUGAGAUUUGCUACCGUAGGUUCUACUACAAAAGAGCCCUGGACAUGCACAUGGGAAUCCAUGACAUUGCACUGGAUGUAAAUGCUUUGCACUUCUCAUGUAACUACUGCCCGGAAACAUUCACUGAUGAAGAACCACUGCUUAAGCAUGAAGCUGAACAUGUUGCGAACAACACCACCAAUUUCAUGGAGAAUAUGAAAGCCUUAGAGCAGUCAGAAGACCCUGAAAAUGGACAAGUGCUCGGCAAAUAUCGUUGCCCUUUAUGCUUCAAUCGUUUUGAAGAACUUUCGGAGUUGAAAAAGCAUCACAAAUCGCAUCUUUGCUCCAAUCCGGAAGAAUGCACUAAAUGUAAGCCAACCUUGGCUGAAGACUACGAUUUCACCGAGGGGAAUUAUGACGAAUCGGAAGACAACCGCACCAUUCAAUGUAAUAUUUGUGAGCGAAAGCUUGAAACAUUCGAGUUGUUUCAAAUCCACUUCCAUUAUCACACAUCUCGGGUGCCGUUUUAUUGCUACCAGUGCCGAACGGAGUUCCCGGACAAGAAAGAACUCUAUGCCCAUUCAAAAUCGCAUGCACCGAAAGAAUCCGAAGCGCACACUUGCGAGGUCUGCAACAAGAUAUUCUCCACGAGAGGAAAUUUCAGGCGACAUCUCAAAUCUCACGAAGCCGUCAGAGAUUUUGCGUGUGAUCGGUGUUUCAAGCAAUUUGACUACAGAAGUGAACUUGAUCUGCAUCUGAGAAAAUCUCAUGGAAUAGAUUACUCGUAAGAAGUGGUGAUAGCAGGUACAGGAAAUAUUUUCUACAAGAUUAUGCUACUUUUACGUUUAACUGUAGAGUGUUCAGGAAUUUUUAAUUAGAUAAGAAUGAUGAAAGUUUAACUUAGUGUAGGACUACUUUUGUUAGAUCACUAAGAUCUAUAGAGUAAGGAAUAGUAAUUCAAUACAAAUAAAUUCGGCGCAAGAUUUUUUUUAA